UUAUAGUUAUGACUUCAUUUUAGCCUGCCUGGUCAUUUCUGAGGCUCCCCCUCGGGCCCCCACUGUCAGAAGCUCUGGGGCAAACUAGGCACGUGAGCCUCCGUGGGGGUGUAGGAGGAGGGGCUUUCCGCUGGAGCCUGGCUUUGGCUUCCUUUCUGUUUCAGUACCUGAAUUAGCACCCUCAUUUCCUUUUCUAGCUAGAAAGCCCCAAGCCCAGGCUCAUGUAUCUCCUCCGGGGAGGACGCUGCCCUGGGCUUGUUCUGCUGGGCUGGCUGGACCACACAGGUGUGACCCAUCCUUGGCUUCUCCUGCCUGCCGAUGGAAAGGAAAACAAGCUUGCUUUGGGGCUAUCCCUCUGACAGAGUUUCUCCACGAGUCUGGACAAACUUUGGCCUUGAUGGGUAGUCUGGUGGAGGAGAGUAAGACAGCCUCGUUGUCCCCUCUCCGCUGCUUGGACUUAGUCCAGUCUGGAGGAGGGCGGCUUGAAGAGACUGGGGAAGUAAUUGGAACAUCAUGGAAUGGAAUUUAAUUUCUGGGGCUGCAUUUAUCAAGGAAAAUUGUAUGGUGCUAAUUUAUAUAUGAGAAGCUAUUUGUCAGGAGGAACUUUAAGGAGAGAAUAAUGAUCUCCAAAGGAAAAAUCAUUCUAUUUCUGCUGAUUUUAUUAACUGCGCUGGUGGUGCUCUGGGGAUAUAACAACAGCACAGAAGGAUCUUUUUUGUGUAUCUACCCUUACCAAUCGAGAGGGAAAAUUAAUAGCAAUGCCUAUGUUCAGAAGAGUUGGUGGCUGUCCAACUGGUUUAACAAUAGGAGCCAGGAUGAUCAAGUUGAAGAACCCCAGCUGUCAGAUUGGUUUAAUCCCAAAAAACGCCCUGAUGUUCUGACUGUGACAGAUUGGCUUGCUCCAGUUGUGUGGGAGGGGACUUACCAUAGGAAGAUCCUGGAAGACUAUUACACAAAGCAAAAGAUCACAGUGGGCUUAACAGUAUUUGCUGUUGGAAGAUAUCUCGAUCGGUAUUUGGAGGAGUUCAUGACGUCUGCUGAAAAAUACUUCAUGGUUGGUCAAAGAGUCAUAUUUUACAUCAUGGUGGAUGACUCCUCUAAGAUUCCUUGGAUACAGCUGGGUUCCCUUCGUACACUGAAAGUAUUUGAAAUCAACAGAGAAAAGAGGUGGCAGGACAUAAGUAUGAUGCGCAUGAAGAUCAUUGGGGAGCACAUUAUACAUCACAUCCAAUAUGAAGUUGAUUUCCUCUUUUGCAUGGAUGUGGAUCAGAUCUUCAAGGAUGAUUUUGGAGUAGAGACUCUAGGCGAGUCAGUAGCUCAACUCCAGGCAUGGUGGUAUAAGGCAGAUCCCACUGAGUUCACUUAUGAGAGAAGACCUGAGUCUGCGGCAUACAUCCCUUUUGGCCAGGGAGAUUUCUAUUACCAUGCAGCCAUUUUUGGGGGCACACCCCUUAGGGUUUUGAACCUCACCCAGGAAUGCUUCAAGGGAAUUCUUCAAGACAAGGAAAAUGACAUUGAAGCUGAGUGGCAUGAUGAAAGCCAUCUCAACAAGUAUUUCCUUCUCAACAAACCCACAAAAAUCUUAUCCCCAGAAUACUGCUGGGAUUAUCAUAUAGGCUCCUCCUCAGAUAUAAGACUUGUCAAAAUUGCUUGGCAGUCAAAAGAAUAUAAUGUCGUUAGAAGUAACCCCUGAUAUUUUAGGUGGAAUAGUAUUAAGCGUCCGGAUUCGAGUGCCUAUCAUUCUGGCUAAUUUCUCAAAGCAGUUGCACUUUAAAAAAAAAAAAGUAAAGCCAAAAAAAAGUUGCAAAAAAUCAUCACAUCAUUCAAGAGCAAAUUCACAAAACCUCUUCUUUCCUUGUAAUUUUGAAUCUUCUGCAUGGGUGAUACUGGAUAAAGAACAUAUCUUUGGAAAUUAGAUGUAAAUACACUCUGAUUUUUUUUUUAAUAUCUUCUGUGGGUAAUGGGAAAAUAUUUUGGCCUUAUUAAAAUAUGACAAAAUAGAGUCAUAAGGAUUUGAAGCCAGAGACACUCUUAUUUUGUAAGUGAAAUUCACCCAUCCAAGGGUUGGUGAGGAAGAUACAGAUCAUGGUUGGGUCCCUUAUGAUUUUGUAAUAUAUUACUCUUCUCACCUAGCCUGAAGAAGGACAGUGACCUACCCUGUGCCAAUACUUUAUAAAGACUGUGGACACAACCCAAGUUUACACUUCUGAGCUGACUUAUUAAUGGCACAUUGCCUGAGGCAAUUUGAGGACUAACCAUUCCUGCCUAGAAAGCAAUCUGAUUGUGUGCAUGGUUUGACAGAGAUACAAAUACCCACGCAUGGGGAGUUUUCAUAACGAAGUCCAGGGCUAGGUAUUAAAUAUCUAUUCAAAAAGAGACAUUAACUCUUAAACGAGUAUUAAACCAUCUGCAUGAGCAGGGAGGGCUGGAUAAUGUGAAGUAAAGUGUCUGGCCACUAGUCACUAGUCUGGGACAGUGCUCUAUUAGAUCCCAAUGGUGCACUGGGUGUAGUGGGGAUCCCAGUGGACACAGCAAGUUUACAGGGCUACCUAAUGGCUCUCCAACUGGCCAGGGUCUCCCUCUGCUUGUCAUCAUCCUGUUUUUUACCUGCCCCAGCUACAAUUUUCACUUUGUGGUUUUUAUGCUCCAGGGGAGGGCAAGCAAGGGGUCAGGAGAGCCUAGAGACAGAAAGGGUGAGUGGAGAUUGAAAAGACAGAGUGAGAAGCUUUCAGUUCUUUCAGUUCAGUCUGCGCUUCUUCAGAACUCAAGUUAGCAGAUGCAAAUGCUCUGUUAUUCAGAUGUCACCACCAGGGCCAUUUGGACCACUUCAGGGGAGUGAAGAAUGCAUGAGCAAUCAAGGAUGGGCAAAGCAAAAGACAGUGAAUGACCGUAGACCCUCAAAAAUGGAAUUCCAUGGGAAUUAUUAUGGAAACAAAUAUAAAUGGGAAUGUUAGCCUUUGGGGGAAUACUAUUCUUGAAAAAAACAUUAGUAUCCUCUGAGAGAGACUGUAAAUGUCCUUAGACCUCAUUGGUAAUUGAGCCAGUAGAUCACUGAGUAGGCAGGAGAAGGAAUGUACAUUUAGGUUGAUUUUCCUAGUUUUUUCUUGUGUUCAGCUCAUGUUAUUUUCCGUAUUCAAGUAAGUUCCUUAAGGGCCUUUUUUUCAUUGCAUAUCUCAGGCUAACUACUGUGUAGGAGCUAUUUUGACACAGUGUAACAGGAAUUAACAGGAAUGUCCUCCUGUUUCCUCUUCCCAUCUAACACUUUCUUUGUAAAAAAUGAUGAUAAUAAAAUUUUAAAUAGCUUCAGGGAUAAAUGGGUCAUAUGUUGAUCAAAGCCCUCCUGAUCUCUAUAAAUACUAGUUAAUCCAUUUUCGACUGGAUUUGGAUGAAGGAGGGGUAAGAUUUCUACCCUGCACUCAACAUGAUGUGUUCUGAAUGUUUUGAUAUCAGGGCUAUGAGGCGACUUUAAAAGGAGUUACUGAUUAGUAUACUCUCUCUCUCUCUCUCUCUCUCUCUCUCUCUCUCUCUCUCUCUCUCUCUCUCUCUCUCUCUCUCUCUCUCUCUCUUUUUUAAAUAAAGGAAAGAGUCUUUUAAAUUCCAAUUGGAACAAACUCAGUAUAUCUUUAAUGAUUAUUCAUAAACUUUUAAUAUCAUGCAAUAUGUAAAAAAUAAAUUAUUUUCUCAGAAUAUACUGGUGUAUUCAUUGAUUAUGCAUGCCCUAAUCAGUUAGCACAUCAUUUCACACCCAGCUGAUCUCCUGGAUUUCAUUGCUGCCAGUAACUCAUCUUCCUGGAAAAUUUUAUCAUCUCUGAAAAGUAAAACUUCUUUAGAGUUUGUCUUUUCCCCUGAAUCCCUCCCUCCAUCUGAUUGGAAGGUGUACAACUGCUCUCAUUUCCUCCUAUACAGAAGGGGCCCAGAGCAGCCCUCAUCAUUUCCCACCUAGCUAUAGGUCUUCAUGUUGAAUAUUGGAUGUUGAGUACCUUCCUUGUGGUUUCUUUUUAUGUGUCUUUUCCUAUUACACUGUGAGCUCUUUGAAGGCAGAGAUUAUCUUUUUUGCCUUAUUAUCUCCCAUUUUUAGCACAAUACCUGACACAUAGUGGGUGCUUUUUAAUAAAUGUUUAUUGUCUGCA